GGAGACCCCAGAUAGCGCGGGUUGGGGGUGCCCGCGCCCCCGCUCCCGGCUGCCAUGGCCCGGCCGCCGUCCCUGGGGCCGCUGCCCCCCAGCUACGCGCCCCCCGCUCGAGCCGCAGCCCCCCAGAUCCUAGCCGGGAGCCUGAAGGCUCCGCUCUGGCUUCGCGCGUACUUCCAGGGCCUGCUCUUCUCUCUGGGCUGCAGGAUCCAGAGACACUGUGGCAAAGUGCUCUUCCUGGGACUGCUGGCCUUCGGGGCCCUGGCGCUCGGGCUCCGCCUGGCCGUCAUUGAGACGGACCUAGAGCAGCUCUGGGUAGAAGUGGGCAGCCGCGUGAGCCAGGAACUGCAUUACACCAAGGAGAAGCUGGGGGAGGAGGCUGCGUACACGUCCCAGAUGCUGAUUCAGACCCCACGCCAGGAGGGGGAGAACGUCCUCACACCAGAGGCUCUCAGCCUCCACCUCCAGGCAGCCCUCACGGCCAGUAAAGUACAAGUAUCACUCUAUGGAAAGUCCUGGGAUCUGAACAAAAUCUGCUAUAAGUCCGGAGUUCCCCUUAUUGAAAACGGCAUGAUUGAGCGGAUGAUUGAGAAGCUGUUUCCAUGUGUGAUCCUCACCCCCCUUGACUGCUUCUGGGAGGGAGCCAAGCUCCAAGGGGGCUCUGCCUACUUGCCGGGCCGGCCUGACAUCCAGUGGACCAACCUGGAUCCUGAGCAGCUGCUGGAGGAGCUGGGCCCCUUUGCCUCCCUGGAGGGCUUCCGGGAGCUGCUUGACAAGGCACAGGUGGGCCAGGCCUACGUGGGGCGACCCUGCUUGCACCCUGAUGACCUCCACUGCCCGCCAAGCGCCCCGAACCAUCAGAGCAGACAGGCUCCCAACAUAGCGCAGGAGCUGAACGGGGGCUGCCACGGCUUCUCGCACAAGUUCAUGCACUGGCAGGAGGAGCUGCUGUUGGGGGGUGUGACCAGAGACCCCCGCGGCCAGUUGCUGAGGGCAGAAGCCCUGCAGAGCACCUUCCUGCUGAUGAGUCCCCGGCAGCUGUACGAGCACUUCCGGGGCGACUACCAGACGCACGACAUCGGCUGGAGCGAGGAGCAGGCGGGCACUGUGCUGCAGACCUGGCAGCGGCGUUUCGUGCAGCUGGCCCAGGAGGCCCUGCCUGGGAACGUGUCCCAGCAGAUCCAUGCCUUCUCCUCCACCACGCUGGACGACAUCCUGCACGCCUUCUCGGAAGUCAGCACAGCCCGCGUGGCGGGGGGCUACCUGCUCAUGCUGGCCUACGCUUGCGUGACGAUGCUGCGGUGGGACUGUGCCCAGUCCCAGGGGGCCGUGGGCCUUGCAGGGGUCCUGCUGGUGGCCCUGGCAGUGGCCUCGGGCCUUGGGCUCUGCGCCCUGCUUGGCAUCGCCUUCAACGCUGCCACGACCCAGGUACUGCCCUUCUUGGCACUGGGCAUCGGUGUGGAUGACAUCUUCCUGCUCGCACACGCCUUCACAGAGGCGCCCCCUGGCACCCCUCUCCAGGAGCGCACCGGCGAGUGCCUGCAGCGCACGGGCACCAGCGUCGCCCUCACCUCCAUCAACAACAUCGUCGCCUUCUUCAUGGCCGCGCUGGUCCCCAUCCCAGCCCUGCGGGCCUUCUCCCUGCAGGCGGCCAUCGUGGUGGGCUGCAACUUCGCGGCCGUGAUGCUCGUGUUCCCCGCGGUGCUCAGCCUGGACCUGCAGCGGCGCCACUCGCAGCGCCUGGACGUGCUCUGCUGCUUCUCCAGCCCCUGCUCUGCCCAGGUGAUCCAGAUCCUGCCCCAAGAGCUGGCGGACAGGACAGUGCCCGUGGGCAUCGCCCACCUGACGGCCACGGUUCAGGCCUUUGCCCACUGUGAAGCCAGCAGCCAGCAUGUGGUCACCAUCCUGCCUCCCCAUGCCCACCUGGUGCCCCCACCGACCGACCCACUGGGCUCCGAGCUCUUCAAUCCGGGAGGGUCCACUCGGGACCUGCUGGGCCAGGAGGAGGGCACCGGGCGGAAGGCCACCUGCAAGCCCCUGCCAUGCGCCCGCUGGAGUCUGGCCCAAUUUGCCCGCUCUCAGCUGGCGCCCUUGCUGCUCCAGUCACACACCAAGGCCAUCGUGCUGGUGCUCUUUGGGGCGCUCCUGGGCCUGAGUCUCUAUGGAGCGACCUUGGUGCAGGACGGGCUGGCGCUGACCGACGUGGUGCCUCGGGGCACCAAGGAGCACGCCUUCCUGAGCGCCCAGCUCAGGUACUUCUCCCUGUACGAGGUGGCGCUGGUGACGCAGGGCGGCUUCGACUACGCCCGCUCCCAGCGUGCCCUCUUUGAUCUGCACCAGCGCUUCAGUGCCCUCAAGGCCGUGCUGCCGCAGCCCGCGGCCCAGGCGCCCCGCACCUGGCUGCACUACUACCGCAACUGGCUGCAGGGGAUCCAGGCUGCGUUCGAUGAGGACUGGGCUUCUGGGCGCAUCACCCGCCACUCCUACCGGAACGGCUCGGAGGAUGGGGCCCUGGCCUACAAGCUGCUCAUCCAGACGGGGGACGCCCAGGAGCCGCUGGACUUCGGCCAGCUGACCAGGAGGAAGCUGGUGGACAAGGAGGGGCUGAUCCCGCCCGAGCUCUUCUACGUGGGCCUGACCAUGUGGGUGAGCAGCGACCCUCUGGGCCUGGCCGCCUCGCAGGCCAACUUCUACCCGCCCCCGCCCGAGUGGCUGCACGACAAAUACGACACCACGGGGGAGAACCUCCGGAUCCCGGCGGCCCAGCCCCUGGAGUUUGCCCAGUUCCCCUUCCUGCUGCGCGGCCUCCAGAACACAGCGGACUUCGUGGAGGCCAUCGAGGGGGCCCGGGCGGCGUGCGCCGAGGCGGGCCGGGCCGGGGUGCGCGCCUACCCCAGCGGCUCCCCCUUCCUCUUCUGGGAGCAGUACCUGGGCCUGCGGCGCUGCUUCCUGCUGGCCGUCUGCACCCUGCUACUGUGCACCUUCCUUGUCUGCGCCCUGCUGCUGCUCAGCCCCUGGACGGCCGGCCUCAUCGUGCUGGUCCUGGCCAUGAUGACUGUGGAGCUCUUCGGCAUCAUGGGCUUCCUGGGCAUCAAGCUGAGCGCCAUCCCCGUGGUGAUCCUCGUGGCCUCGGUGGGCAUCGGGGUGGAGUUCACCGUCCACGUGGCUCUGGCCUUCCUCACCAGCCAGGGGAACCGGAACCUGCGGGCUGCCCGUGCCCUGGAACAUACGUUUGCCCCAGUGGCCGACGGGGCCGUCUCCACCCUGCUGGGCCUGCUCAUGCUGGCCGGUUCCAACUUCGACUUCAUCGUCAGGUACUUCUUCGUGGUGCUUACUGUACUCACGCUCCUGGGGCUCCUGCAUGGCCUCGUGCUGCUCCCUGUGCUGCUGUCCAUCCUGGGCCCCCCGCCAGAGGUGCUGCAGAUGUACAAGGAGAGCCCAGAGGCGAGGAACCCCCCGGCUCCACAGGGCAGAGGGCUGCGGUGGGGGUUGUCUCCGCCACUGACCCAGAGCUUUGCCAGAGUGACCGCCUCCAUGACCGUGGCCCUGCACCCUCCGCCGCUGCCCGGAGCCUACACGCACCCGGCGCCGGACGAGCCCGCUUGGCCCCCCGCUGCCACGCCCGCCGCCAGCAACCCAGGCGGCCUCAGCUCCAGGGGGCCCUGCCCAGCCACCGGGUGA